AGUAGCCGCCCCGCACACACAGAAGAUGGCACCCACUUUACCCAGAUAAUAUCUCGAUCUCACUUGUACAAGGAAAUGUCUUACAUCCUCCUCCUAACCUGAUAUAACAUCGUCUACUCAAAGUUUAAUCUCUACACCGGCCAAACUAUUCAAAUAACUAUCUGGCAGCAGAAGAACAUUCCUAGAAACCAUUAAAAGGACUACAGAAAAUUCCAGAAUAACCACGGAAGGUUUUAAAAGAGCUACAGAAGGUUCCAGAACAGUUCCAGGUGCCGAUGCUGAUAGAAAGACGGUGUUUCUCACUGAAUGACAUUACCCUGUACGAUGUAGACAGUUUGUUCGGUACUGACUCUGAGAGCUACUUGUAUGAUACGGAGGAGCAGCUGGACUGUAUCCCUGUGGAGCCUGUUGGAUAUUAUCAUCUAGAUAUUGACGGGGAGGAGUUUGAAGAGGAUGAUAGCGAGGUGGAGGAUUCAGAGGAGGAGCAGGAGGACACGGAGGACUACAAAAAGGGGGGUUACCAUCCUGUCAAGAUAUCAGAUGUUUACAACAACAGAUAUGUGGUCCUGAGAAAGCUGGGAUGGGGCCACUUUUCCACCGUGUGGCUCGCCAGGGACAGUAGAACGAAAGCGUAUACAGCCGUUAAAGUUGUGAAGAGUGCGUCACAGUACACAGAAACAGCUAUUGAUGAGAUCAAGUUGUUGACCAAGGUGAGAGAAGGAGACCACGCCCAUGUGGGUAGAAGUCACGUGGUACAGAUGAUAGACGAUCACAAAAUAGUCGGUAUCCAUGGUACCCAUAUCAGCAUGGUAUUCGAGGUUCUCGGAGACAACCUGCUGAAGCUGAUAAUUAGAAGUAACUAUCGGGGGAUGAAUGAGGCUCUGGUGAAGCGCAUCACUAAACAGGUACUGAUGGGACUUGACUACCUGCACACAGUAUGUGGUAUAAUACACACGGACAUAAAGCCUGAGAACGUGAUGUUAACUGUUAGCGAGAGUACAGUAAAACAGUGGGCUGCUGCUGGAGCACAGGACGAUCCUAAAUUCAAAGCUAAUCUUCCUAAGAAUCUUAGAGAGCGAAAACAAGCACCAGUUAAAGUAGAGGGGCUCCAAAAAGAGGGAGUCAAACUAACCAAGAAUCAGAAGAAAAAGUUAAAGAAGAAAUUAAAGAAAGCAAACGCGUCGGGAGGAGGAGAGAAGAACGGAAGAGCAGAGAGUAUAACAUCAGAUAUGUCUACAGAAGAUAACAAGCUUAUCAAUGUCAGUAGUCCUGACAACGAGAAAAAUAUGAACGAGGUCCACAACGACAAUUGUAACGGCACAGUUCCACUCGACAUGACGACAGAGGAUCAGAACGAUAAAGAAAUGAAGACAGAAGAUCAAAACGAGAAGAAUAUGAAGACAGAAAAUCAGAAUAUUCCAGAAGAUGAGAAUAAUCCGGAUGACCAGAAUAUUCCAGAAGAAACAGCAAUCCAGGAGAACAACACAAAACUGGAAGAUGAUAACUGUACAGAACAGCAGGAGGAAGAAGAUCACGCCGCUCUGUACAAUGACGUCAUAGCAGAGGACAAUAUGACGUCACAGACUGAUAACAUGACGUCACAACCUGAUGAUAACUCCAAUGGUAACACAGAAGAAACUGCUGAUACUGAUAAUAUGGAGAACGAUGAGAACAAGGAGCCUAAUGAGAAGGAGACUGAUGAACAGGAGGAGUCUCAGGAUCAGGUAAUGAAACAGAAUGAGGAGAACAAAGCCCCGAAUGAGAAGGAGACUGCUGUUAAGGAGAACAAGGAGGAAGAGGAGGAGGAUAACUCAAACGAGAAGACGGAAACUAAAUCAGAGCUUCCUGAAAACGGCUGUAUAGAUGAUAUAAACGUAAAGAUAGCAGAUCUUGGUAAUGCUUGCUGGAUAGACCACCACUACUCUGAGGACAUACAGACCAGACAAUACAGAUCAGUAGAGGUGCUCUUAGGGAUCGGUUACAACACCUCAGCAGAUAUCUGGAGCAUGGCGUGUAUGGUAUUUGAACUGGCAUGUGGUGAAUACCUGUUCGACCCUCACAGUGGUUCUAACUACAGCAGGGACGAAGAUCACCUAGCUCACAUAAUAGAGCUACUAGGACCAAUACCUAAACACUUGGUAGAGAAAGGAAAAUACAGUAAAGAGUUCUUUACAAAGAGAAACGAACUGAGGCACAUAAAGGAUCUUAGACCGUGGAGUUUGAAGAAUGUGCUCAUGGAGAAAUACGACUGGGUGGAGGACGAAGCCGUGGUAUUCGCAGACUUCCUCCAACCUAUGUUGGAUCUCAACCACGAGAAACGGAUUUCUGCUGCCGAAGCUCUCAAACAUCCUUGGUUAGACGGGGUAUGAUGGCACUAUGUGCCUCUCUGAGAGAGCGUUUUCUUAAUGUCAGAUUAUUUAGGGGAGGGGUUAUGACGUCACUCAUUACGUCAUGUGACUGUUAACUCGCGUGUAAAAGCAUGGCUCCUCGGACCAAAAUGAAUUUGAUAUUUUAUUUAUCUUUUAAUGUUUUAAUUUAAGAUAAAAUUUAAAAGUUUUGCCAUAAAAGUGGAACCUUUAGUUUUUAUUUGAUAUGCAUUUUUAGAUUUUGUGUACUUGGCUUAGUGGUUUAGUCCAGUUUUCAUCAUAUUGGGCCUAAAAGUAAAAGUUUAACUUUAAGGGCGACGUGGCCAUUUUUUCACAUGAGAAAAUUAUUGUCAGACGGAUUUUGACUCUUCGAAGGUGCGUGCAAUAGUACAAAUUAGUGUGCUGUGUUCACUUCGUAU